GUCUCAAAACAUUGUUUCUUUGUUAAUUGUGUUUUCUGAGCAUUUGAAAUGAUUUGAAAGUGUCAUUUUAAUGCCUCUCUCUAAGGUGCAUAUUAUCCCAUCAAAUAAAAGAAGUAUUUUUGUUAGUGUGUGAAAGAUCGUGAGUUAGUAUAGAGUAGAUGUCUCGACAUUCCUGUCAAUAAGUCGACAUGGACUGAGCCGCCAAUAACUAGUACUUAUUUAUACUUUCUUGGUGCCGAAUGGAUCGAUAUUUGCCCCUUAGCUUGCUGCUCACCUUGUGUUUGAAAAAAUGCCUAAGCCAAAUCUGUUGAGUGUUUGAGGUUUUGACGUUGCUAGAUCGAAUGGACCGAAUGAAUAGGGUAGUGCUAGCGUAACUCGAUACAUCACAAUGAAUGACGUGCUGUACUUUAUCUGGUGGCUUCCGAAUGAAUGGUGUGCUGCGGCUAGAAUUUGUUGUUGUGGGGGGGGGGGGGGGGCCAGAUGUUCGUUAAAAUUCCCCAGAGAAAAUUGAGUUGAAUAUCUCACCGGAUAAUCAUCUUUUGUGAAUGUGUACUAGAGAUGACGACAAUAUAUUAGAGAUGAUGUGGAGAGGACCUUGAACGAGUGGACUAAUUCUGUACCUGCACUGGUGUUGCAUAGGGUCCUACUUCAUUCAUGGUUGAACAUAAUUUGUGAGAGUGCUUUUCCUGCUUUAUAUUGGUGUGUGAUGACGUACUGCUAGUUUGGUGCAUCAACUAGACUCUAUAUCUAAUUGUGAAUCGCAUUGAAACAAAUUUUUUUUUCCGUUUGAGCAGUUCAUGGUAGUUUUGUCUGGAGAAUUCUGUGGUCUCCUAAUGAAAAUGCGUCCUCACUUGAGUGCGUAUGCUUGAAAAGAUCCUUUUUUUACUUGGUCAUCCGUCAAAACACUUGGGUAAGAAUAGUCCUCCUUACUUUUUUGGAAUAUGACUUCCACUUUUUAAAUUAGGAAGUUGUUUUCCUUAGUUUUGAACUUGGCAGUAUCGCAUGAAUUGUCACUUGCUGUUCAGUGUUUGAGCUCCUUAGAAUGAAUGGUAGUGCAUCACAUUUCAGCCCCUUGCAUUAAAUCGAUGUCACCUGCGAAUCGAUGUCACACUUCAUGCUCAUUUUGUCAUGAUGGCAAUUUUUUCGGAUACUGUCAUCUCUAACUUACAUAUAUGGCAGUGGCUUGCUCAUGUACAUAAAUUUUCCAUGGAUGACAACCUCCAUUUGAAAAAAAAAAAAACCCCAGCUGUGUUGCAUAUAUGUAUCGUGCGUGCGUAGUUUCUACAUUAUAGUUUUGGAUGUCUUUUCUGAUAAUGAACUCCACAUUCUAGUUUUCUGAGCAUAUACAUGAGUAUGGACAUCCGUAACAAUUGAUAUACAUCUAUUUCUCGUCAAGUAGGGACAUUACUGAACUUAAACCUGCUGGAAUUAUCUUUCAAGCUUGCUGGUUGGGACUGUUUUGGUGUCAUUUUAAUCCCAAUUUGGUAUCAAUUUGGGUGCAAAUUUAUCGGAUGGCUGAAUCAGAGCAUGAAACUUCCCAUCUUGCACACGUAAUGCGUGAUAUGGAAAAAAAUUAUGAGUUUGCGGUAGGAAUGGUUUUUCCAAAUGAACUUGAAGCAUACGAUAAGUAUGUGGCCUAUGCAAUCGGCAAAGGAUUUGGGGUGAGAAAGGGUAAUAUGUUCAAAAAUGGUAAAGGAGAAUUAACCCGACGAACUUUUGUGUGCCAUUGUGAGGGGCAUUCGGUCAGCUCAUCUGAUCAAGAAAAGAAAUUUGAGAGGUAUGAAGUUAGAUGUGGCUGUCCUGCUCGUAUCAAAUUUAAGGUUAACAAUGGUGUCUAUGAAGUCAUGAAGCAUAUUUCUGAGCAUAAUCAUGCAUUUAUUCCGGAUGAUCAAAAGCAUUUGAUUAGAUGUGGAAGAAUUAUGUCUGAUACUUCUAAGAGUGUCUUAGUUGACAUGAGGAAAGCCGGCAUUGGAGGGACUACAGCGUAUACGUUUUUAGCAAAUGAAGCUGGAGGAAGCAAAAACUUGGGUUUUAACCUGCGUGAUUGUCAAAAUUAUUUGCAAACGAAAAGAUCCGAUGGUAUAAGUGGGGGAGAUGGUCAAAGUGUUCUAAAUCAUUUUCAUCUCAUGCAAAUGCAAAAUCCAAUGUUUUCAUAUGCUGUACAGUUAGAUCAAGAUGGUAGAUUGACAAAUUUAUUUUGGAGAGAUAGCAUGUCAAAAUUUGAUUAUGAUUGCUUUGGUGAUGUGCUAGUGUUUGAUACCACGUAUUGUACCAACAAAUAUAACAUGAUAUAUGCACCAUUUAUUGGGAUUAAUUACCAUUGGAAGAAUGUUUUGUUUGGUUGUGCAUUUUUGUUGGACGAGACUGCAGAAUCAUUUAUAUAGUUAUUUGAUGUUUUUUUGAAGUCUAUGGGAAAUAAGGCUCCGAAAACCAUAUUCACUGAUCAAGACCAAGCCAUGGCAAAAGCCAUUAUAACGGUGUUUCUGAAUACAUAACACUGUUUAUGUACUUGGCACAUCGGGAAAAAUGCCAACCAAAACAUCCCACAUCUUUACCAUAAGCCGGGUUUUAAGGAUACUUAUUUCUUAGCGCUUAUGUAUAGAUGUACAUCGGAGGAAGAAAUUAAAUUUACUUGGAGGGAAAUGGAAAAGGGGUGGGAUACUGCGAAUAAACCUUGGCUUCGGAGAUUACACGACAUUAGACACAAAUGGAGUUCAGCUUUUGGUCGUGACAUUUUUACAUGUGGUAUAAGAUCCAGUCAAAGGAGUGAGAGCACCAAUAAUGUCUUCCAACGUAUGUCGACGAAGACAUUGACUCUUGUAGAGUUUGUCCACCACUAUGAAGAACAAGUGAAGCACAUGAGAGAAAUUGAAACUCAAGAUGAUUUCAGUAGUCGAGGGAAUCCCAAAUUGGCAAUUUUGGGUAAUGACAUCUUGACACAUGCUUCAAAAGUGUAUACCCGUACCAUUUUUAAACGGUUUAAUGAUGAAUUCAUGCAAAGUGUCUCUCAACGUAUUUCAAGUGAAGCAUUUGAUGGAUCGGUUUGUUUUUUUACUGUCAAGUUAAAGGGGAAGUUAAAUGGGAGUGGAAAUGUUGUCAAAUUUGACCCUGCAGACUCUUCAGUUUCGUGUGAUUGCAAAUUAUUUGAAUUAAAAUGGUGGUUGUGUUGCCAUGCGUUGAAAGUGUUGAGUGAGAAAUCAUCGGUUAUGGGUGUUCCAUCUCCCUAUAUUUUGAAAAGAUGGACUAAGGGUGCCAAACAAGGGAUUGUGAAUGAUGAAUCUCAUGAAAUGGCAUCGGGUUCAUCUAAAUUUAAUCGAUUUUCCACGUUAAUGCAUCAAUCCUUUGAAAUGAUGAGUUUGGGAGCCGAAGAUGCUGAUACUAUGAGAAUAGUGACGGGGGACAUGGAAAAAACGAAGGCUAAACUUUUAUCACAUAAAUCGAGUAUGGUUGUGACUGAUGAUGCUGGUGAUGAUGAUGAUAAUGAGGCUUCUGUGUGCAAGAUUUCGGCAUUGGAACCCCAUCGAAGGAAAGCAAAGGGAAUAAGUUAUGGGAGGCUUAAAAGCUCAAGUGAGAAAAAGAAGAAAAAAUCUAAGGAAGGAGCACCUCCAACACGAAUAGAAAGUCGAGAGUUGGUUGUUUAAGCAACACAAGAUGGAGCUCAUUUCCCAGAUUAUUUGCAUAAUUCAAAUCAGUUUCAAAGUGCCUUUUAUCCUAGCAAUAUUGGUGGUCCUAGAGUAAAUCUAAGUUUUCAUAAUCAGCCACCAUACAUCAUGCCGCCGGGGAUUAUGAGUGGAUUUUGCCCAUUUCCCAGUCAGAUGCAAUCACAAUACACCAUGCCGCUAGGGAUUAUGAAUGGAAUUUC